UUCCUGUGCUGGGAGAAGAUGGUGGUCACAGCUGGCAGCAGCAGCAGCGGCGGUGGCGGCGGAGGGGAGAGGAGGAGCCGGCCGCUCUGAGCGCUCCGUGCACGGGCCGGGAGGAGAGACACCCCGGGACCCCCCACCAGCCGGGAGCGCGCCCCCCCCUCCCCCACCCCGGAGAGGUCACCAUGAGUGAAAGUGCCAAGGAGUGUCGGGUGGCGCACAACCCCAACCUCGGGGAAAUCAUGAGGGUGAAGUCCGAAGUGGGGACCCCAGCUGAAGAGCGGACUUAUAGCCAGCAAUGCUCUGCCGGCUCCAAAUCUCGCUGCAUGGACCCGGAACCCAAGAGAUUAAAAGAGAAGCGGGGGACUGCAGUGACCAAGAGUCUCCAGCAGGUGGACUUUUGGUUCUGUGAGACCUGCCAGGAGUACUUUGUAGACGAAUGUCCCAGCCAUGGACCCCCUAUCUUGGUGCCAGAUACGCCAGUCUCUAUUGGAACCCCCGAUCGGGCAGCGCUGACGGCACCGCGCGGGAUUGAGGUGGUAAAGGACGGCAGCGGGGAGAGCGAAGUGCGCUGCAUCAACGAGGUCAUCCCCAGAGGUCACGUCUACGGACCGUACGAAGGGCAGAUCUCUCUGCAGGACAAAUCAUCGGGCUUCUUCUCCUGGCUGGUGGUGGAUAAUAACAACCGAUAUAAAUCCAUCGAUGGAACAAAUGAAGCCACUUCCAACUGGAUGAGGUACGUGGUGAUAUCACGAGAAGAGAGCGAGCAAAACCUGAUGGCCUUCCAGCACAGCGAAAAGAUCUACUUCCGAGCGUGUCGGGACAUCCAGCCCGGAGAGAAGCUGAGAGUCUGGUACAGCAAUGAAUACAUGAAGAGACUCCACAGCAUGUCCCAAGAGACAAUCAUCCGCAACCUCACUAGAGGAGAAAGAGGUUUGUUAAGGGAAAACAAUGACAGACUCUUGAAAACCCAAGAAGACCUGAAAGGCCCACUUACUGCCCUUAAACAAGGGAAAAGCCUCUACAAGCGCAGCUCUGAGGAGGGGGACUUGAACCCUCACGCCAAGAAGAAAAAAAUAGACCUCAUCUUCAAAGAUGUCCUGGAGGCUUCACUGGAGUCUGCCAAAAUGGAGGAGCAUUCUCCGACGACCAGCACCCCGAAACUAGGGAAAAAUGUCCCCAAAUAUCAAUUAGAGGACCAUGAGGAUAAAUGUAAAGCCAACCAAAAGUGUUCUCCCGCCCAUAACCAAACCAGAACAUUGAUGGAGUGGAAGGUGCCUCAUUGUUCCAACCAAGUCUUAGACAGGGAGAUCGGCCUUCAGGAGGAUGAAGUAGAAGAUCAUUCCUCCAUAAAAAUAGAGAGUCCCGAUGAAUUUUCUGCCCUUGGAGACACCAAGGAGAUUCCCACCACCUCUUUCUGCCCCAACUGUAUUAAGUUAAAGAAGAAGAUCAGAGAGCUUCAGGCUGAGGUGGAGAUGCUAAGGUCUGCAAAGGUUCCUGAAGUUCCACAGUUCUUGCCUCAGAAAAUCGAGGUGCCGGAAUAUUCAGAUACCUCAGCCCCAGAGAACAUGUCCAUUGCUCCCACCAUGAUGGAGGACGAUGAACAGGAGGUGGACUCUGCUGACGAAUCAGUUUCCAACGAGAUGCUGGCGGUAACUGAUGAGCCUUCCAAGAUGUCAGUUGCCUCGGGCAGAAGAAUUCGCCGGUUCAAGCAAGAGUGGCUCAAAAAGUUUUGGUUUUUGAGGUACUCGUCAACGUUGAACGAGAUGUGGUGUCACGUUUGCAGGCAAUACACGGUUCAGUCCUCUAGGACUUCAGCCUUUAUUAUUGGUUCAAAACAGUUUAAGAUUCACACUAUAAAGCUUCACAGCCAAAGUAACCUCCACAAGAAAUGCUUGCAGCUCUAUAAGCUCAGGAUGCACCCAGAAAAGACUGAGGAGAUGUGUCGAAACAUGACUCUUCUCUUCAACACCGCAUACCACUUGGCUAUGGAAGGCAGGCCCUAUUAUGACUUCCGACCUCUAGCGGAACUACUGAGAAAGUGUGAACUUCGUGUGGUUGACCAGUACAUGAAUGAAGGCGAUUGUCAAAUCCUGAUCCAUCACAUUGCCAGAGCACUUCGAGAAGACUUAAUAGAGCGUAUUCGACAAUCUCCUUUUUUAAGCAUCAUCUUGGAUGGGCAGAGCGAAGACCUUCUUGCCGAUACUGUAGCAGUCUAUGUCCAAUAUACGAGCAAUGAUGGACCCCCUGCGACAGAGUUUCUGUCUCUUCAGGAGUUGGCCUUGCCUACGACUGAGAGUUACCUCCAAGGAAUCGACAGGGCUUUCUCUGCCCUUGGGAUCAGACUGCAGGAUGAGAGGCCAUCUGUUGGGUUGGGCAUUGAUGGCGUCAACAUAACAGCUGGACUUAGAGCGAAUUUGUACAUGACAAUCAGGAAAACCUUGCCUUGGUUACUGUGUUUACCUUUUAUGGUACACAAACCUCACUUAGAAAUCUUGGAUGCAAUUAGUGGAAAAGAACUUCCAUGUCUAGAAGAAUUAGAAAACAAUCUAAAACAGUUGCUUAGCUUCUACCGGUACUCCCCCCGUCUGAUGUGCGAGCUUCGACUCACAGCUGCAACCCUGUGUGAGGAGACGGAAUUUUUGGGUGACAUCCGGGCAGUGAAGUGGAUAAUCGGCGAGCAAAACGUGUUGAACGCUUUGAUUAAGGACUACUUAGAAGUAGUAGCCCAUUUGAAAGAUGUCAGUGGGCAGACGCAAAGGGCGGACGCCUCUGCAAUAGCAUUGGCCCUCCUUCAGUUCCUCAUGGAUUAUCAGUCAAUUAAGCUUAUCUACUUCCUGUUGGAUGUGAUCGCAGUCUUGUCCCGCCUUGCUUAUGUCUUCCAAGGAGAAUAUCUAUUGGUGUCCCAGGUGGACGAAAAAAUAGAGGAAGCUAUUCAAGAAAUUAGCCGACUGGCAGACUCUCCCGGAGAAUAUCUUCAAGAGUUUGAAGAGAACUUUCGGGAGAGCUUCAAUGGCAUCUCCUUAAAAAACUUGCGUGUGGCCGAAGCUAAAUUUCAGUCCAUCCGUGAGAAGAUCUGCCAGAAGACUCAACUCACCCUGGCCCAAAGAUUCGAUUCCCGUACUCGGAUGUUCGUUAAAGCUUGCCAGGUUUUCGAUUUGUCUUUUUGGCCGAGGAAUACGGAGGAGCUUCUAACCUACGGCGAGGAGGACAUGCUACAAAUCUACGAACACCUGGGUAGCGUCCCUUCCUUUAUUUCCGACGUUUGCAGGGAAGCGGCCGACUCCAGGGGCAGCUUGUUGAUGGAGUGGCGAGAGCUCAAAGCAGACUACUGUACCAAAAACGGUUUCAAGGACUUGAUCAGCCAUAUCUGCAAGUACAAGCAACGGUUUAUCCUCUUAAACAAGAUCGUUCAGAUCUUGAAGGUCCUUCCCACGUCGACGGCUUGCUGCGAGAAAGGACGCAACGCACUUCAAAGGCUACGCAAAAACAAUCGUUCGCGGUUGACGUUGGAUCAGCUGAGCGAUCUCUUAACCGUAGCGGUAAACGGGCCGCACAUCGGCAGUUUUGAUGCCAAAAGAGCUUUGGACAGCUGGUUUGAGGAGAAAUCGGGCAACAGCUACUCGCUAUCUGCCGAUAUGCUUAGCAAGAUGUCCUCUCUUGACCAGAAGCCAAUGCUUCACUCUAUGGAACAUGGAUCAGAGUAUUACCAAGACAUUUAGGAUUCGGCGAGUCUGAAGCUGUCGGAUGUUUUUUUUUUUUUUUUAAAUCUAUACUCAAGUUUUGGUAUAUUAUAAGAAAAAUAUAAAAAUAAAUAUAUAUAUAUUAUAUAUAUUAAUAGAAAAAAUCCCACUAAAUAUUUACAAGUGACUGAGCCUUUUUUUUUUUUUUUUGGAAACCUCACAAAAGGUAACAGAUUUAUUAUUUUAUGGCAGCUGGGAUUAAGGAGCAUGGAUUCCUUACAGCCAGAAUAGGAUGAACCCCUCAUUUUCCAGACCUCCUCUCCCCCCAAAGCAUGUAUAAGUCAAGCAGGUACUUUUUUCUUUUUUUUUUUUUUUUUUUCUUUCAUUUUUCUUUUUUAGGCCAGAAAAAAAAAACAUGUUUUGGGACCUAUGCGAAAACUCCCAAUAACCAGUGCGGAUUUUUAUUAUUUAAUCUUUGUUUUUCUAAUUUGUAUUAUCGCUCUUAAAUCAUUUUAUGUUUAAAAAAAAAAAAAUGUAUGAACAAUAUCAAUUUUAAGCUAAGAUUCACAGAAUAAGGUAACUUUUUAUUAUUUUUUUUUUUCACUGCCUCUCAAUCCAGGGUACACUGAGGUGCAUUGGGGCGCAGCUACGCUUUUUUCUGUCAUUCUACUUAUACAUGGUAACACUUAGCGCCUGCGCCUACGCAAUCAAGCACAAUUAUUGGCGGGUAUCCAACACUGUGGUGCAGGUCACACAAACGUUUUUUCUUACGAUAAGGGCUCAUUUACAUUUGCUUCGACUUUACCACUUCAAUAUGCUUUUUAUGCUUCCACUUUACCACUUCAAUAUGCCUUUUUACCACUUCAAUAUGCUUUUUUACCACUUUUUUGAUUUGUUUUUGAUGCUUCAGUGAUGCUUUGUUGACGCUUUAAGCUUGGCAAAUGCACCGUGUCUGUUGAUUUUCUGUUUGUUUUUUAUAGGGACCCAGCAGAACCCCCCAGCUCAGUAAUACCCCCACUCAGCAGAUCCCCAGCUCAUCGGUACCAUCGUUCAGCAGAUCCCCAGUCUAUUAGUACACGUAUUCAUGCGAUACCCUGCUCAGUAGUACCCCCCAGCUUUGCGGAUGCCUCACUUAGUAGUACCCCCAGCUCUGCUGAUGCCCCUCUCAUUAGUACCCCAGCUCAUCCUCAUCUAAUUGGUACCCUCGUUCAGCAGAUCCCCAGCCUAUUGGUACCCUUAUUCAGGAGAUCCCCCCCACUUAGUAGUAUAGCCAGCUUUGCUGAUGCCCCGCUUAUUCAUUUCCCCCAGCUCUGCUGUUGCCCCUCUUGUUAGUACCCCCAGCUCACCCCCCAUCUUAUUGGUACCCUCAUUCAGCAGAUUCCCAGCCUAUUGGUACUCUCAUUUAGGAAAUCCCCUACUUAGCAGUACCCCCAGCUUUGCUCAUGCCCCACUUGGCAGUAACCCCAGCUCUGCUGAUGCCCCGCUCAUUAGUAACCCCCAGCUCUGCUGAUGCCCCACUCAUCCCCAUCUCAUUGGUAUCCUUGUUCAGCAGAUCCCCAGCCUAUUAGUACCCUCAUUCAGGACAACCCCCUUUUAGUAGUACCCCCAGCUUUGCUGAUGCCCCACUUAGUAGUAACCCACAGCUCUGCUGAUGCCCUGCUCAUUAGUAACCCCCAGCUCUGCUGUUACCCCACUCAUUAGUACCCCCAGCUCAUCCCCAUCUCAUUGGUAACCUCAUUCAGCAGAUCCCCAGCCUAUUAGUACCCUCAUUCAGGAUAUCCUCCUUUUAGUAGUACCCCAAGCUCUGCUGAUGCCCCACUGAUUAGUAACCCCCAGCUCUGCUGAUGUCCUGCUCAUUAGUACCCCCAACUCAUCCCCAUCUCAUUGGUACCCUCGUUCAGCAGAUUCCCAGCCUAUUGGUACCCUCAUUCAGCAGAUCCCCCACUUAGUAGUACUCCCAGCUUUGCUGAUGCCCCACUUAGUAGUACCCCCAGCUCUGCUGAUGCCCUGCUCAUUAGUAACCUCCAGCUUUGCUGAUGCCCUGCUUAUUAGUACCCCUAGCUGAUUCCCCAUCUCAUUGGUACCUUCGUUAAGCAGAUCCCCAUCCUAUUAGUACCCUCAUUCAGCAGAUCCCCUUCUCAGUAGUACCCCCAACUCUGCUGAUGCCCCACUUAGUAGUACCCCCAGCUCUGCUGAUCCCUCCUUUAGUAGUAACCCUUAGCCCUGCUGAUCCCCCACCUCUGCUAAUCCUCUGGUUUGCUGAUCCACCUCUUUCUCUAGUCCCCAUUCACCUCCCGCUAUAUUGCUCCCACACUGCGCACAACACUUGUGACAUUGCUAGUUUAUCCUGCUCUUGUCUACCAGCUCUGCUGAUCCUCCUGUCCCCACUCAUCUUCUGCUAUAGGCCCCGUACACACGACCGAGGAACUCGACGUGCCAAACACAUCGAG